GUUCGCCGGACGUCGUACGACAAAACUCGGCGACUGCCACGGAACGUCGGAUCGUUUUCGUCUCUUCCCGGCAAGUUUUGUGCCGUCGUGCCGAACUUGGACGACGACAAGUGGAAGGCGAGAGAAGGGUGGAAGCCGAGAAAGUUUUUCUCGCCGCUAACCUCGGCUCCAGCGAACAGACGACCAAACCCCACGCUGUGUGUGUUUUGUGCGUGCGUGCGUGCGUGCGGUUUUUUUGUCGCCGGUUGAAUGGGCCUUGUCGCCGUAAAAAGCGAGUAGCGUAGAAGAGGCUGCAAAGCGACGGGCCCCGAUGCUGACGACGUCCGCGGAGGCGGCGGCAUGCGAAAGUUGUCCAAGUCUAAGAGCGGUGACAAGGCGGCGUCGUCGGCGUCCAUCGGGUCCCACGACGCGACGGCGCUGCGCCUAGCCAGCUACCGCGCCGGCGAAGUGUCCGUGCCGUCGUCGACGGAAAGCCCUAAGGUUAGUCCUAGCUCGCCCGAGGACGAGCACGGGGCCAGUUCAUCGGAACCUGUUGCCUCUUUGGAACGGCGCGUCAUGAGUGGUCUCGACCAGCCCUCCACGAGCCGGGGAGACGUGGUCAAGCGAGCGUCUUGCUGCUGCCAUGUGGAAUGCUGCAGCGGAGGGGAUGCCUCUACCGGCACCAACGAGGACAGCGGGCGGGACGUGUCACCCAUGUCGCCACCGUCACCCUUGCCCCCAACACCCCAGGAGAAAAAGCUGAGUUCGGGGUCGCUCGGAAGCGGGGAUGCGGCGAGGCCGAAACAGGUGACUGUCACGCACCCUGGGACGACGAAGCCCAAGCCGACGUCCAAGAAGAAGGGCUCCAUCCAAGCCGAUCUGCUGUACGCUCAGUGCCACAGCUCGUCGCAGCGCAUCAUGGCCGGGGUGAAAUUUAAGAUGGAUGAGUGGCUGAACAACCUCUCAAACAAGGUCAAGACGGAUGUAUCCAAAGAGCUGUGCCGCUGCCGGGACCAAGGUGCCACACGCCUGGACCUCAGCAAAUCUAGCAUCACAGUGCUGCCAUCGUCGGUGCGCGAGCUGAGCCACCUGGAGGAGUUCUACCUGUACGGCAACAAGCUGGCCACGCUGCCCGACGAGCUGGGCAGCCUGGUGCACCUGGAGACGCUGGCGCUCUCCGAGAACUCUCUCACCACGCUGCCAGACACGCUUGCCAACCUGAAGCAGCUGCGCGUGCUCGACGUCCGACACAACAAGCUCAACGAGAUCCCCGAAGUUGUGUACAAGUUGACAUCGUUGACGACGUUGUUCCUGCGCUUCAACAGGAUACGAGAAGUCAGCGAGAACAUAGCCAAUUUAACGAAUUUGACGAUGCUGAGUCUGCGCGAGAACAAGAUUCGAGAGCUUCCGGCAGGCAUAGGCAAGCUGACGCAGCUGGUCACCUUCGACGCCUCCAACAACCACCUCAAGCACCUGCCUGGGGAGAUUGGGAACUGCGUGCAGCUGUCGACGCUCGAUGUCCAGCACAAUGAGCUUGUGGACCUGCCCGACACGAUAGGCAACCUCAUGGUGCUUUCCCGGUUCGGCAUAAGGUAUAAUCAGCUGACGGCCGUGCCAAAGUCCCUGAGCAAUUGUGUUCUCAUCACGGACUUCAACGUCGAGAGCAACCUGGUCUCCCAACUACCCGAAGGACUUCUAGCGAGCUUCACAAAUCUGCACACCCUCACUCUGUCGCGAAACAAUUUUGCUUCGUACCCCUCGGGGGGACCUGCCCAGUUCACCACAGUCACCUCCAUCAACAUGGAGCACAACCAAAUAAACAAGAUCCCCUUCGGGAUCUUCUCACGUGCCAAGCACCUGUCGAAGCUCAACAUGAAGGAGAACCAGCUCACCUCACUACCCCUCGACCUGGGCACGUGGACGACCAUGGUUGAGCUGAACCUGGGCACGAACCAGCUGAGCAAGAUCCCGGACGACAUCCAGUACCUGGUGUGCCUGGAAGUGCUCACGCUGAGCAACAACCUGCUCAGGCGCCUGCCCAGCACCAUCGGGAACCUGGCCGCGUUGCGAGUGCUCGACCUCGAGGAGAACCGCCUCGACAGCCUGCCCAACGAGAUCGGUCAUCUGCGGCAGCUGCAAAAGCUGGUCGUCCAGAGCAACCAAUUGACCAACUUGCCGCGCGCCAUCGGCUACCUGAGCAACCUCACCUACCUGAGUGUCGGAGAGAACAACCUGAACCAAAUUCCCGAGGAGAUUGGCACCCUGGAGAACCUGGAGUCCCUGUACAUCAACGACAACCCAAACCUGCACAGCCUGCCGUUUGAGCUGGCCCUGUGCACUAACCUGCAGAUCAUGAGCAUCGAGAACUGCCCCCUGUCACAGAUACCCGCCGAGAUCGUCAACGGCGGGCCCUCGCUUGUCAUCCAGUACCUCAAGAUGAAGGGACCCUACCGGACGCUGUGACAUCCAUCCAACAUGGAGACCGCCCCCUGUGGCAAGUGUCUCCACCAAACCGGUGGCAAGAAGCGGUGGCGCCGCCUGGCAUCGCCAAACGGCCUCGCCAGGACCCGGUGGCCCGCACCCCUUGCGGGAGUCCCCCUCGCCGCCGCCGCCAGGUGCCUCCGCCACGCGCUGUUGAAGCUCUGAGAGCCGGCUUUCGCCGCCGGUGCUUCCGCCGCCUCCUCUCUGGCAGUGGGUGUGACGCAAUGGACCUGCACGGAGGACUUUUCGCCAACAACGAUUCCUCGCUUGUUUUAACUUCUCAAACGUGCCAAUUGUGACAUGCACCAGGGCCUGCCCGAAGUUGCCGGAAUUCCCUCUUGUGGCGCCAAGUGACCGAAGGAACCCGCAUGGUGAUGGCGCAGGCAGGGGCGGUGGGUGUUCCGGGUCAAAGACCAUUCUCGCUCCAACAUUCAUAUGUCCCGGUGCGAGCGUUACUUUAAUGCAGACACUGAUGCAUUGAGACAGCCAACAGACGAGCUCUUGAAACAUGGGAGAAAUGGUGCGAGCACCGGGUCGUACACGGACGUUCGGUCAGGCCAGUGGUUCGAAACGCUGGUGCAGAGACUUUUGGUGCUGGCUCGUUUAGGUGCAAAGGCCUGCCCUAGUGCCAGCCAAUGAACGCGCUUACAGGCGGCAUUAUCGACGUAUACCCUCGCAACACUAACAUUCAUCGGUGCUGCCGAAUUCACCAGAAGAGCCGCGUUCUUGCCUCAAAGGAUUACAGAACGGAAAGCAGCGCUCAGGCGUGACACGAUGAACGCUACCUUUGUCAUCGCUGGCUGCGAUGGUCAAAGGCUGUCACAUCAGCACAUUGAAAGUCGGUGGGCUGCCCACUCCAACUUACGUUGUCUAUUUUGUCCGAGAGACAUUCUACGACAUUGUCCCCCGUUCUUGAUCUCGGUGCAUGCGCAUUUAGGCAACAAAAGUGAUCUCCCCGUUUCGAGAAGGGUUCAGCCGGCUAUGAACGAGUCAACAGAUGCCCUCCGCGACGGAGGCGUGGAAAAGUAGAGCGCUGCGAGAAGUGGUUUCGGCGUGACGCCACCAACUUUUUGCCGAGCAGAAAUCGGAGGUCAUUUCGUCUUCCGGCCCGUCUAACUGAGGCUUGUUGUUGUCAAAUGUGUUGAUUUCUUUCGUCACUCUAUUUUUUUAAUCACCGGCAGCAAUGAAAGAAAGUUUGGUUUACAAAAUGCUGGCAUCGCUGCAGGGAGUUUGUCACGACGUAUGCUUGCGUCCACGUGAUGCACCACUGGGCCUUUGCCCGCUUAGACGUUGCAAGAAACGCUGCUUUGUCUUGUUGAGAAAUCGUUGGUGGCGUACAAGAAAAAUUGUAACUCGGAGCCAAGCAAGCAUGCAAGAACAAAAACCCUGACCAAGUAUGCAAGGUCUCGCCUCAUCUCGAAAGUGUAUGGAGGAAAUUCGCUGGCUUCACAAAAUGUUUGGCCUUUUGCAUCCGCUGUUUGUCGCAUCGUCUCUUCAUUACUCACCCCCUGUGCAAGUGCGCGCCGCUAACUUUAUUUUUUAUCGCAUUUCGCCAGUUUUUCGAUUGCGCGCCGUGCGCACGACACGACUGUACCGUCUCAUCGUCUCGGACGAAGCGUCGUCCACGAAAAACGUUUAUUUCGGCGCUGAAGUUGACGUUCGCGCCACAUAGUGGACUGCUGUAAUGCUUCCCCCUCCUUCACGAGGAAGUGACCGGACGGCUUGUUUAAACGAGGACAACUGCGCCGAGAGAAAAAAAAAAAUGGACGGCUGACAAUGUCGCCAAAUGUUGAAAACUUGUUCCGCGUGGAGCCAAAGAAAGAAAAGUGAUUCCUUUACUGUUGAUGCAACAAUUAUUUAUAUACUCUUGCCUUUUUUAUUAUUAUUUUUUUUUUGUCGCAAUUCUUUAACUUGGUGGCCAAGCAAUAGGCAAGUUAUUUUUUAAGCCCAUUCUUUGCUUUUGCUACGUGAUUUCCGUGCCUCGUUUAUUUUUUAAAUACUUUUUAUGCAAUUUUGCUGCUUCCUUUAUCAAUUUUUUUAAAUUGUAAUUGUGCUUUUAAUUGCGGAACAUCCCUACUCUUCAACAUCAGUGUCACCCAUUUCCCUCCCGAGACUCGCGUCCAAUGAUUCGGUGCUUCUACGAUUACGCUGAGCUGGACUUGCAAGCCAUUGUUGAUUUUUUUUUUUCUGUCGAGUGGGGAUGGUUUCACAAAAGGCUGCAUUUUUAGCCAAUAAAAUUGAAGAACAUUUAUUCUGAAAUAA